AUGUUAGGUCCAAAGGAUUCAUCCAUUGCAUGGCAAGAAACCGCUGCAUACUGGGAAUUGAGACACAUACGUUGCCGUUUGUGUAGGUUCCCGGAGGUGUGGAUACUUAGAAAAGUAUGGUGGCUUGCGAUCCAUGGCAAAAUAGCAACUGUAAAGUUGUCAGAAAAGAGUACAUAUGUGGCGUAUCUUGUCUUUCAAACUACCAAAGAUUGCAAGGAACUUGAUCUGCCAGCAAAUUCAAGCAUAAGUUUUGGUGGGAAAAAAAGGGAGACUGAAAAUGUUUAUCUUGAAAGACCAAAGGCUAAUGAAACAUGGCAAGAAAACUAUGUGUUUCCUCAUAGGAGAGAGGAUGGGUGGAUGGAGAUUAAGUUGGGAGAAAUCGAGUACAAGGAAGGAGACGACGGGGAAGUUGACAUGGCGUUUGUGGAGGUUACCGCAAAUCAGAAGAGUGGUCUUAUCAUGAUUGUGGUUGAGGUUUGUAAAUGUGGUAAGAAAAUUGAUCCACCAAAUAAAACGUCUGAAUUGCCAUCUAGACUUGUAUCUCUUCUCAUUGAACUGGCAGUGUAUUUUUAUCUAAGGUUGGUGGAAAUGUGGAGGAGGCUUAUGGAAGAAUAUUUUGGAUUCGCAUCUAGUACAAUAAUGCCCCAAAAGGUUGUGUAUGAAUACUGGAAAUGUGUGGGGGAGAUAGAUAUUAAAGAUAUUAAAGAUGUGAAAGUUGUGGAAAAUUAA